AUGAAACAAAAGUACCAGGGAUCCACCAAAGUAAAGAGAGCGCAGCUCCAGGCAUUGAGGAAGGAGUUUGAAAUGCUAGUUAUGAAAGAAGGAGAAAAGAUCGAUAGCUUCAUUUCACGAACCCUCAUGGUGGUAAAUAAAAUGAAAGUGAAUGGAGAAGAUAUGAAGCAAAGCACAGUGGUGGGUAAGAUUUUGAGAUCUUUGACUCUCAAAUUCAAUUAUGUUGUAUGUUCAAUUGAGGAGUCAAAUGACAUAGAUGAUAUGAUUGUUAAUGAGCUUCAUGGAAGUUUACUUGUUCAAGAGCAAAGAAUGCAGGGGAGUCAGGGGGAAGAGCAAGCACUAAGAAUUUCUUAUGACGACAAGCCACGACGGGGUAGAGGCUCAUUUCGAGGGGGUCGAGGUAGAGGAAGAGGGAGGUCAUCUAUGAAUAAAGCCACUGUACAAUUCUUCAAAUGUCAUCAGUUGGGACAUUUUCAAUAUGAGUGUCCUGAUUGGGAGAAAAAUGCUAACUACGCCGAACAUGUAGAAGAAUGA